CCUCCACACCCUUCCAGGUAACUUUUAUUGCUAUAUAUAUUUGGAGCUUCCUCUCCUUCAAUUGCCAACACAUUGGAACUCAAGAAGAGUCUCCAGAGGUUUGUAUUGUUCUUGUUUGUGGAGACCAACCCGCCAACUUCUGUCCUGAACAGCGAACUUCUCCCCGCUGGCACUCUUUUGUCUUAAACUCUUUGCUACCCAUCGUAUCAUUAUUUUACUUUGUUGUGCUUGUUAAGCCAGGUAGCAUAGAGCAAGCUCACCUGUGCAUUCAUCUUUCCUUUUCUUUUCUUUUUCCUCUAGUCCUUCUAAAAGUUGACCAGAUUGAUUAUUUUCAAGUUAUGUAGCCUUUUCCACUAAUCAGUUCCUCAAUGAAUCCAUUCCUCCCUGUAAAAUCCCAAAAUUGUCGCUAGAGGGUAUUCUGGCUUUAGCUUCUGAGUGUUUGAGUCAUCUUUUCCUAGCUUUCAAAAAAGGAAGAGAUUCAAGUGCAGCGCUACUUUUCACCAGUUAGCUUCUUGUUGGAUAACAUCAUGGAGGAGACAUUUGUGCCGUUCCGUGGAAUCAAGAAUGACCUUCGGGGAAGAUUAAGGUGUUACAGGCAAGACUGGACAGGUGGAUUCAAAUCAGGAUUCAGGAUUUUGGCUCCCACCACAUAUAUAUUCUUUGCUUCCGCUAUUCCGGUCAUUUCAUUUGGUGAACAAUUGGAGAGAAAUACUGAUGGGGUUCUAACAGCAGUUCAGACCCUAGCAUCCACCGCAGUUUGUGGAAUCAUACACUCAAUUGUUGGGGGUCAACCUUUGCUGAUAUUGGGAGUCGCAGAGCCAACAGUCAUCAUGUAUACAUUUAUGUUUAACUUUGCUAAAGAGAGAGCUGAUUUGGGAAGGGAUUUGUUUCUUGCAUGGACUGGAUGGGUAUGUGUUUGGACUGCACUCUUGUUGUUCUUACUGGCUGUCUUAGGAGCAUGCUCCAUUAUCAAUAGGUUCACCCGUAUAGCAGGAGAGUUGUUUGGUCUACUUAUUGCAAUGCUCUUCAUGCAACAGGCCAUCAAAGGACUUGUGGACGAGUUUCGCAUUCCACAACGAGAAGAUCCAAAAUCAAUGGAGUUUAUACCUUCAUGGAGGUUUGCUAAUGGAAUGUUUGCUUUGGUUCUAUCAUUUGGCCUCCUGCUCACUGGAUUAAGAAGCCGCAAGGCAAGAUCAUGGCGCUAUGGGAGUGGUUGGCUUAGAAGUUUAAUAGCAGACUACGGUGUCCCCCUCAUGGUUCUAGUGUGGACAGCUGUCUCGUAUAUUCCAACAGGAAAUGUUCCUAAAGGGAUCCCCCGGCGUCUUUUCAGCCCAAAUCCCUGGACUCCCGGUGCCUACGAGAAUUGGACUGUCAUUAAGGAGAUGUUAAACGUUCCCAUUUUCUACAUAAUUGGAGCUUUCAUUCCUGCUACGAUGAUCGCGGUGCUUUACUAUUUUGACCAUAGUGUAGCAUCUCAACUUGCUCAGCAGAAGGAGUUCAAUUUGAGAAAGCCAUCUUCUUACCAUUAUGACUUGCUUCUUUUGGGGUUUCUGACCUUAAUGUGUGGUCUUCUUGGAAUCCCUCCAUCAAAUGGAGUCAUCCCCCAAUCUCCAAUGCAUACAAAGAGUCUGGCUACUCUUAAGUACCAGUUGCUUCGAAAUAGACUUGUGCAAACAGCACGUAGAAGUCUGAGAAAGAAUGCCAGCUUGGGACAGUUGUAUGGAAAUAUGCAAGAAGCCUAUCAACAAAUGCAGACUCCUUUGAUCUACCAACAGCCCGCUCAAGGUCUAAAGGAAUUCAAAGAAUCAACCAUCCAAGCUUCUACAUGUACAGGCCAUAUCGAUGCCCCGGUUGAUGAGACAGUAUUUGACAUCGAGAAGGAAAUUGAUGAUCUAUUGCCUGUUGAGGUUAAAGAACAACGUCUAAGUAACAUACUUCAAGCCACAAUGGUAGGAGGUUGCGUUGCAGCCAUGCCCUUCCUCAAAAUGAUCCCAACCUCAGUCCUUUGGGGCUAUUUUGCGUUUAUGGCCAUUGAAAGUUUGCCGGGUAACCAAUUUUGGGAAAGAAUAUUACUGCUCUUCACUGCACCAAGCAGAAGAUACAAAGUUCUUGAAGAUUACCAUGCCACAUUUGUAGAAACAGUUCCUUUCAAGACAAUUGCCAUGUUCACAAUUUUCCAGACAAUUUAUUUGCUGAUAUGUUUCGGUCUCACUUGGAUUCCAAUUGCGGGUGUUAUGUUUCCUUUGAUGAUCAUGCUUUUGGUUCCAGUAAGACAAUACUGUCUUCCCAAGUUUUUCAAAGGAGCACACCUUCAAGACUUGGAUGCAGCCGAGUAUGAAGAAGCACCAGCGUUGCCAUUCAAUCUCGCAACAGAGGCAGAGAUGGGGGCAGAAGCCGCUUAUGGAGGAGAUGGAGAGAUUUUGGACGAGGUUAUUACCAGAAGCCGUGGAGAGUUCAGGCACAUAAGUAGUCCUAAAAUCACAAGCUCCACUGCAACACCAGCAAAUAAUCCUAAAAGCCAUCAAAGCCCACGUCUCUCUUACACAUAUAGUCCUCGUGUCAGUGAACUAAGAGGGGAGAAAAGUCCUAAACCUGGUGUAAGAGGGCCUAACAGUCCAAUUACUGGAGAUCAAAAGUUAUCUAAACUGGGGAAGAGUCCUUCAAGUUCAGAACAAAAUUAGUGCCAAAUUGUUUUUGGCUUAUCUACCAGUAAUUAAGAAAGGAGCUUUAGAUUGGCUUGUGCUUGCCCCAUUUCCAUUUUUAAGUGUGUUGUUUUUGUUGGAAUUAGUGUAAAAUAUUCCUUCUAUCUGAUCUUCUCCUUCUGAGAAAAAAAUUGUAUAAUAGAAUAGUUGCUUUGGUUGUAACAAGUGUACUGAAGUAUAUUGGUUCCGUCUAUAGUAAUUCAAUGCAUUGCUUUAUGAUGAAAUUUUGUUGUUCUUAA